AUGGCAAGGCUCAACGCAACGCCAGCGAAGCAGACCAAUGUUCGGAAAUUGACGAAAUUAUCCGAGAAGAAGGCAUCACACACUCCUGUCGGACGCAUAUUCAAAGGGUGGUCGCCGACGCCCGAGGCAGAAGAAGACAGGGAGGAACAAUGGAGAAUAGCAACCGAUGCAUGGACCAAAAAGAGAUCCAAUGGAUUUGGAGGAAGACCACCACUGGGAAGAAGCCGAUCGCAACGGGAAAAGAAGACGGCUUUAGCAGCGAACUUCGACAUACUUCCCGAUAGUGACGGGUCGAGCGACGUGGACCAGGACUAUAGAUCCUCCACGAGCUCUUCCCGCGAGGAGACAAUCAAGACAACAGUCCCGCUGAAGCAAGCACACGUCAACUCACUCCUGCUCCCACUGUCGCAACAACCACGAAACCGACCAACUCAAAAAUUGGAAACGUCUGACUAUGCGAAGGAGAAUGACCCCAUCGACGGGGACGAAGAGGAAAAUGCACCGACAAUAUCCAGGCAUUCAUCCAAUGCCUCUUCGCGAUAUUCGCCAACGAGGAGGAGUGCCCGCCAGGACCUGGAAGGAAAGGAGCAAAACCACAGAUUUCUGAGUUAUCGCCAGUCACAAGAGACUAACUCAGAAGACGACAACGGAGACAACAGCUUUGAUUCUCUGGAUGAUUUCAUAGUCAGUGACAGUGAAGAGCUGAGCUACCAUGAGACAUCUGCAGAUGAAACAGAGGAGGAAAAGACCCUGAAAAGUGUUUCUCCUCCCAGAACAACGCGAAGGUUGUUAAGAGGCAGACGUCCAAACCCAGAAGCAAGGCUCAAGGAGGCUUUGAUGAACCCUUCAUACAAAGAUGACCUCUGCUUAGAACCAUCUCUGCCACCUACCAUGACGAUAUCAUCCCCCCAGCUGCAACCGAAACCUGAAAGAUCACACUUGAAAAAUCCCAAAAUUACCGAAGACAUGAAAAGCCUGAACCUGGAGGACUCUGAUCCAAAUUCCCAGCUUCAAAGGGACAUGUAUGACACUGCAGCGGAUACUGAUUCACCCACAAAGAAAUCUGAAGCUCCUUUGGCUGUUCUAGAAACACCACCUGCCAGUCCCUCUAAAAGUCUUCUCCAGUCACCUACGAAGGGCAGGAUCCGCAUACCGCCAACCCCAUAUCGCGAGAGUGUUGAUGCUUUCUGGAGCCAAGAGGCCACCGAUCACUGGAUCGAUCAACAUUCUCCGCACAAAGGAGGCACGAAAUUAGAGCAGUUUUUAAGAGAAUUCGAGGAGUCAGAUGGUGAUACCGACUCCGAAAAUAUGCGAAGACCCCGUGAAAGGCAUAUAGAGUCCAAAACUCCAAGCAAGACGGCAUUGAAGAGAGCGGAGACAGAGAAGAAGAAAGCUGCUCUGGCACGCAAGAAGUCGUUUGACAACAAGAAGGCGCAAAUCGCAAAUGAAUUUCUCAAGGUUCUAGACGACGCCGUUUCUGGAGGCCAGAUCCAAAAGCUUGCAGAAGAAACGGGCGGUGUUCGGAUCAUUUGGAACAAAAACCUACUGACUACCGCCGGACGUGCCAACUGGAAACGCGAGAAGAUUGGAAAAGAGUCUCGAACAUCAGAACGCGGAUCUGAACCAUCAACGUUGAUCAAGCAGCAUGCUACUAUUGAGCUUGCAGAGCGCAUCAUCGACAGCGAGGACCGAUUGAUCAACACAAUGGCACAUGAAUACUGCCACCUGGCGAACUACAUGAUCUCAAACGUCCACAACAACCCCCAUGGGGCCAGUUUUAAGCAAUGGGGUCGCAAGUGCAAAGAUGCCUUAAAAGAUCACCCUGUGUACGGCGGAAGAGUCGAAGUGACGACGAAGCACAGCUACCAGAUCGAUUACAAAUAUGUCUGGAGCUGUGUUGAUUGUGGUCAGAACUAUGGCCGGCAUUCCAAGAGCAUUGACACAGCCAAAUCUCGCUGCGGUGCGUGCAAAGGCCUUUUGCAGCAAAUCAAGCCGAAGCCAAGAAACGUCUCACCCAGGAAGAAGCAACCAACUCCUCCAUCAGAGCGGUGCGAAAAGAAAUCAGUGGAGGACAUGGCGAAAGUGUUUGGCGAAGUCAGUUUGUAUAGUGAGAGAACAGAGGUAGAGGUUUGA